GAGAGAGAGCUCGGUGCCUCAUGGCUUCCCUUCUUUCGAUCCCACUUCUCUUGCUGAUUCUUGCGAAUUCUCAACAGAUCUGCUCUACUUCUCGGUUUGUUGAUUUGGAAACCAAAAGAGAGAAACUUGACCUUGUUCAAGAGAAAAGUCAUAUAAUUAAAUCCACUCAAUUCAAUCCGGCAAAAGUCACCCAGCUAUCAUGGCAUCCAAGGCUCUUUUUAUGUGAAGGUUUUCUAUCUGAUAAGGAGUCUGACCAUCUCAUUGCAUUGGCUCAGAAUAAGCUACAAAAGGCUUCAGCAAUAAACAUUGGUUCAGGGAAAAAUACACAUGACUUGCAGAACAACACAAAUUCUUGUGUGUCCUUGGCUAGAGAUUUCGAUGAGAUUGUCUCCAUCAUAGAGAAAAGGAUAGCUGCUUGGACCUUUCUUCCCAAAGAGAAUGGUGAAGACAUGCAGAUACUACACUAUGAUGUAAACAACAUGGAUGCUAUACAAUAUGAUAAUUAUAAUGCCACAUUUAGACCUGUAUACGGUGGCCACCGGAUUGCUACAAUUCUUAUAUUCCUGUCUACUGUUACUCAUGGAGGUGAAACGAUUUUCCCCAUGUCUGUGUUGAAAGACACUCAGAUCAAGGAUAGCAGAUGGUCAGACUGUGCAGCAAAUGGCUAUGCUGUGAAACCGGUGAAGGGCGACGCCCUUCUUGUGUUCAAUCUCCAUCCUAAUGCAACAUUAGAUUUCAGUAGUUUUCAUGGUGAUUGCAAAGUGCUCGAGGGGGAGAAAUGGAUAGCGAUCAAACAAAUCCAUGUGAAAACAUUUGUUCAAAACCAGCCUUUGAUUGAGUUCAAAGACGAUUGCACUGACGAAGAUGAUAGUUGUUCUCAAUGGGCUGCAAUUGGGGAGUGCCAGAGGAAUCCUGUUUACAUGCUCGGUACUCCUGAUUACUAUGGAACAUGUAGAAAGAGUUGUGGUGCUUGUUGAUAGAAUUAAUGAGCUUUUUUUCAUUCAAUUUUUUGGUUUUUUUUAUCUUGAUCUCAAUGCAAAUGUAGUCGACUUUUAUGUACUCUUCGACAUAUAUAUAAUC